AUGCGCUACCCUCAAUAUCACUCUAAACACGAAAGCCAUGGUUUCAAAGAGAAUAAAGCAAGAAGGCUCACCUUCAGCGGUGAUUCGGCGGCUAUGAAGAGUUCGUAUCCUCCUCCUUUCGCUAAGCUUUUCACGCCGUCGCCUGAAGAUAAAACCAUGGCUAAAGAUGCUCCUCAAGCUGCAAAUAACCUUGGCGAAGACUUUUACAAAGUAAUAUUGCAAGAAGAACCCUUCAAGUCAACAACGGUGGGAUUAAUACUGAAAUCAUACCGAUGGGCACCUUUUGUUCCAGUUGCAAAAAACAGUGCUAUGUUGACCGUCUUACUGCUUCUCUCAAAAUAUCGGUCGAGGAAUGUACCGGUGAUAGAACCUGGUAAUCCAGACAUUGUAAACUUCAUUACUCAGUCAGCAGUUGUCCAAGGCCUAGAAGGAUGCAGAGGAAGAGAUUGGUUCGACAACAUUGCAGCCAGGCCUCUAUCUGAUCUUGGACUUCCUUUUAUGUCUGCUGAUAAGGUUAUUAGUGUCCAGAGCAAUGAAUUGAUUCUUGAAGCUUUCAAGAUUAUGAGGGAUCAUCAAAUUGGUGGUCUUCCUGUUGUAGAGGGGCCGACUAAAACAAUUGUUGGAAAUUUGAGCAUUAGAGACAUCAGAUACUUGUUGCUAAAGCCAGAAAUCUUCUCCAAUUUUAGGUAA